GAAUCUCUCUUUAUUAUGAAGGACAGACGCGCGCGGCCAGUGCCGGCGACCGUCCAGUACGACAGCAUGAUGUGGUGGACGCUUCUCGUGGCUAUAGCAGUCACUUUGGUGAGCUGCGACGAAGAAGCAAUGAAAAACUUGACUACAGUAACCUGGGCACAUGCUGUGAACAACAAAACGUACCUAGAAGCCGCCUUAGCAAGCGAUGUGGCCAUGCUGGAAGCGGACAUAGUAAUGGGGCACAUCAACGGAAAAGAAGGACCCCCUAUUCCAGUGAUGGCGCACCCCCCCGCCACCUCCUCUGACCUCAGCCUGUCCGACUUCCUGUCCACUGUGGCGCAGUACAACAACGUCAACGCGAAGCAGAAGGGCGUGAAGCUGGACUUCAAGAGUAUUGACGCUUUUGAGAAGGCGCAGGCGCUAAUCGCACCGUAUUCUAAGCCUGGGGUGACCUUCCCGUUAUGGCUGAAUGCAGACAUCCUCCCCGGCCCAGUAGAAGCUACCACACCCCCAGUGGACCCCUCAAAGUUCCUCAAGCUGGCCUCAGGACACCCCCGAGCGGUGCUCUCCGUCGGAUGGACCACGAAAAUCGGGGGGAACAUUACAGAGGGAGAAUACAGCAGGGAACAGAUCGGAACCAUGCUGAGGAUCUUACAUGAACACCAUAUCAACCAGACUGUCACCUUUCCUGUCCGCGCCGGCAUAGCAUCAAAUAGCCAGCCCGUUGUCCUGGACCUGCUCCGGGAGACCUCGUACCUGAACUCUUCGAUGACAGUCUGGUCCAGCGAGGGAGACGCCGUGGAGGUGGACCGUCUACGCGCCCUGAUCCUGACAGUGGGGCUUGAGAGGACGUACCUAGAUGUGCCUCACGAGCUGGCUGCAAGGCUCCAUCUGCCCCCGGCUGAUGUAUCUAAGAAUUAAAUAGAGUUGAUAGUUGCUAGUA